UGGUCUACACCUGCUAGCGGAAAGCCGGAAAUCCUAAUGGUAGGAGAGGUGAUUGAUUCAUCUAAUCACAGGAGUCGGCAUAACGAAAAGUGAUGUGGUUGUGCGCUUCUGGACGGCGUAUUAAAAAAUGCUACGGUGAAUUGACAGGGAAGAGUUCUCAACAACAUGAUGCUGUUCAAAAAAUGUUAAGCUCGACUUAGUAGCGACACUACAGGUCGCAAGAAAGUAUGAUGUACAUAGUGUAUUUAUUAUUCAUUAAAUGUCAGAAGUAGUAGGAAGACUGUGCUGAUCAUUAAUAUCAAGAGUCACAAUGGAUGAAUGGACUUUAAAUGAUUUGCUGGAAUGCUCAGUGUGCUUAGAAAGAUUGGAUACAACAAGCAAAGUGUUACCAUGUCAACACACUUUUUGCAAGAAAUGUUUGGAAGAAAUUCUAAAUCGGCAUAAAGAAUUACGAUGUCCAGAAUGUCGUAUAUUAGUGGAUGUUAAGAUUGAAGAUUUACCACCAAAUGUGUUACUCAUGAGAAUUUUAGAAGGCAUGCGAAAUGCAGCACCAAAGAAAAGGAACACUGCUGCCAUUAGGAUGCAGGGAGGAAAUUAUCCUCAAACUCCAAUACACCAGACACCCUCGGUGCAGUACCAGAUGACAUCACAGGCAACUACUAUUACUACUACAGAAAAUAUUACUGUGUCUCAUGCAAUACCCAAACAGCAGUUGCUACCAAAUUUGUCUUACGCAAAAGCUUUAUACGAUUAUCGCUCACAGGAGAAAGGGGAUCUGAAUUUUAAAAAGGGUGAUAUAAUAAUACUACGAAAAAGAAUUGAUAGCAAUUGGUACUUUGGUGAGAAUGGUGGGUGUACCGGUGUUUUCCCAUUAAGUUAUGUUCAGGUGAUCACACCUCUGUGUUCAACGCAGCCACAGUGCAAAGCACUUUACGAUUUUGAUGAAGAGGGCUGUUUGUCUUUCAUUAAGGGUGAAAUUAUUACUGUUAUACGACGUGUUGACGAGAAUUGGGCUGAGGGAAAACUUGGUGAAAGGAUUGGAAUCUUCCCUUUGGCUUUUGUAGAUCUGAAUCCAGUUGCACGUUCUCUAAUGAAGCUGUCUACAAAUUCACAGCCUGGGCCUUCACGGGUAGCACCACCAACACCGACUUCGGAGGAUACUGCGCCACUCAUUCCGACAGACCACACUCGCAGUGUUGGAGCUGUGCCAGUUCCCACUUGCCGUUCACCUGCUGCCGCUGCAACUGGGCCGCCGCCUCAUGUUCACACCCGCAGUCGAGCUACAGUAGCAUCCGAUUCGAGCUCCACACAGUCUUCGCCGUCAUCUGCCACUACUCCCAAUACUUCAUCGGGAAACACGUCGUCGGGUUCAGGAUCUGGAACAGAACCCUCAUCACCAGCAUCUCCACCUCUGGCACGACCUCCACCUGAUCCAACGUUGCCUUCACCACCACAAGCAUUAGGAUCUGGUACAGCUGCACCACCACCUAGACCGACGCCGUCUGUGCAGCAGCGAGAUAAAAGGCAUAGUUUUAGCGCUGUUCAUACAGGACACCAUCAUCAAACAUCCCAUAGGUUAUCUGCCGAAAUUCUCAGCCCAUCAGAAACAUCCUGUCAGGAGCCCUCAUCCUCAGACCAGACAUUGCAGGUACCUCCACACAGCACCAGCACUAGUAGUAACAGCACUGUUGGUGAUAGCAUUGGUGUACAGAGGCAGGGCAGCCAGAGACACCGCCGCUCAGGCAGCAGCGACCUGACAAGUGUACCUCCGCUGCCCCCGCCACAGGGUCUGCACCCCAUGCCAGGAACCUCUGCACACCUGCCUGCAGCGUAUAUUGCACUAUACCCAUAUAAGCCACAAAAAGCGGACGAGUUGGAAUUGCGUAAAGGUGCUAUUUAUAUGGUAACAGAAAGGUGCCAGGAUGGAUGGUUCAAGGGAACAUCAAAUAGAACUCAAAAGUCAGGAGUUUUUCCAGGAAAUUACGUUGCACCUGCUAAUAAAGCACUACCUAGUCUGCACAACCAGCUGCGCUGUGCGGUCCGUGUUGCUUCUGGCACGGGCAGUAGCUCCCCACGAGCAAAUGGAACUCCACCCUUGGAACCUCGCAGUUACACUCGUUCCAGGCAAGGACCUGCCACCCUGCCCUAUAGUCCUAAGCAGCAGUCACAUGGACCUGCACUAGACUUAUUGACUGGCACAAGUAGUGCUCUCCACCCGCCUGAGCUGCCGCCACGAUCGACAAGCCCAGGGCAUCGUGCGAGCAGCUCGAGUGUGGUCGCUUCGUGGCUGACACCUGCGAGUGCUGCCGACACAACGGCACCCAGUGCUGGAAGUGGCAACAGUGCUAACUCCAUCAUCUCAUCAGUUACAUCAGCUGCUCACGUUGCUCCCGAUGUAACUGCAGUGACGGGCACACCUGUACGCUUUGCUCAUGUUUCAUCAGCAGCAGCCUCGAGAGAUAAGGCAAAAGAGAAAAAAGAGAAAGGUGUUGGUUUAAUGCGUCGUCUGACUAGCAUGAAAAAGUCAAAAUCACCACCUCCAACUACAUAUUCAAUGGAUAACCCUGUGUUUGAAGAUGGUACGGUGGCAGCAAGUCCAUCACAUCCGGUUCACGUCAGGUCGGGAUCCUGCCCCAGCCAGCUUCUCCAAGUUCUGCCCUUAGAUGCUAACAGUGCACACCACCGCCUGUUUGGUUCCGGCUCCCAGAGAAUGAAACACAAAGACCGACCCAAUGUAGUCGUGGCUAACCUAUCACAUUAUGGAAGGGUGAGUGAUCCUGGAACAUCUAGUGGAGGUGGCAGCAGUGCUGCCCAGCAUCGCAAAUCCAACUCGCUUGACGCUGACAGUUGCGAUCUCAGCAGGAAAAAUAAACAGUUAAUGCCACCUGUUAGAGAAAGAUUCCGCUGUAUUGUGCCUUAUCCUCCGAACAGUGAAUUUGAACUGGAGUUACAAGUGGGUGACAUAAUUUAUGUCCACAAGAAGAGAGAUGAUGGAUGGUACAAAGGCACCCAGCAACGUACAGGGCGAACUGGCCUCUUUCCUGCAAGCUUUGUCGAGAGCUUCUGAGAACCCCCUUCGUGCGUGCUAGAGACGUGUGUGUAAAGCAUAUAAGGAAGUGUGUGUAUUCAGACAGUGAAAGAUCUGCUGAAUUUUAUCAGGGCAGUACGACAAUUUACUUUGCCUUUGAUUGAUUUUACUUACAUGUGCCCAUUCUUCCAUAAGUGUUAUGUUUUUUCUAAUUUUUUUCUUUGUUCUUUUUUAUUUAUUCGUCGAAAGCACGCACAGGGGAUGUACGGUGUGUCAUAUUGUGAGAUUUUCACAGACUCUUAGUUAAAUAGAAGUAAUGACGCACAAUGUUAUUUUUAUAGAUAUGUUCACAUUUGUGUGGUGCAGAAAGUGACUACCUCUGAAUAAGAGACUUGCCUUUUAUGUUUGAAUGUACUCAUUCUAAGGAGACGGAAUGGGUGGCCAGUACUUACCAUCAGGAAGUGAGAUUCCAGGUACUGCUGAUAGAAACACUUAAAAGCAGAAGAAAACUAUUCCUAGCUUUUGGAGCUUGUAUGUUUCUUCCUCAGGGAGGAGAGGAUUGGGGGAGGUUGGAAAAAGGAAGAAUUCACUCUAACCCCAAAUUGAGAGGGACCCAUCAGGCUACUUUCGUGCUAAAUGUUAUUCAAACAUUGCUCUAGCAAUGAAAAUUUGAUUUCUAGAGGCAUAGUGAAAGAUUAAACUACACAGACCUCUCAAGAGAUAGUAAAAGUUGUUCCACAACUUCAAUAUUAUAUAAUAUAGUUAAUCUUUCAUGUUUGGUAACAUGUGUUAUCAAUCAUUUGUACCUUCUGUGAUAAAUUAGUUACGGAUAUCCAUUUCUGCUAGUACUGUACAGAUAACUGGGCAUUAUUUUCACAUUUAUUUUGGCAUAUUUUUCAGACGCCCUUAUAAUUAUAAGAAUGAAAGGAAAGAACUAAUUUUCCCUUGGACUGAACACAUAAUAUAAACCGUUCACUAAUUACAGUCAGUUUAUUUUAUACUUAUAUCUUAUAAUCUGAACUCUCACAUGGCAGGUGACUGACAUGAAACUCAUUUUGGCUAUUUAAAAAAUGAACUGAGUUUGUCUCAUUCACUCGUCUAAUUAAGUACAUAUUUCAACAGCUGUUAAGCUAUGCCUGGAAUAAAGACUUUUACUCUGAGAUUCCAGUAUUAUCUGCCAAAAGAAUUUGUAUGAAGUAAUGUGUUUUGGAAAAAUUCGUCACAACUGCAACUUUUUCCAGUGUAUGCUAAUAAUUAACU